AUGAGGACCCUGCUCCUGACCGUCAGCCUCGGCCUCGUUGCUGCCCUGCAGGCCCAGGACCCCCCGGCCUCAGGCGGGCUGGGCCAGGACGUGUCAGGGAAAUGGUAUCUGAAGGCCGCGACCGCAGACCAGGAGAUUCCCAUGAAGAAACCAGAGUCGGUGACUUCCAUGAACCUUACGGUCCUGGAGGGAGGCAACCUGGAAGUCCAGGCCACCAUUCUGAUUGACGGUCAGUGCCGGGACAAGACACUGGUCCUGGAGAGAGCCAGCGAGCCUGGCAAAUACACGGCCUACGGGGGCAAGCGCGUGGUGUACAUCACACCGUCAGCGGUGAAGGACCACUACAUCCUUUACUGCGAAGGCGAGCUCGGCGGGAAGCAGAUCCGCGUGGCGAAGCUCAUGGGAAGGGACCCUGAGAACAACGCAGGGGCCUUGGAGGACUUCAAGAAGGUCGCAGGAGCCAAGGGGCUACACCUGGAGGUCUUCAUCCCCCGGCAAAGCGGUAGGAGGAACGCCCGUGCCCGCUCCUGCCCGGCUGCCCCGGUGGCCCUGUCAGCAGAGCACACCUGA